AUGAGGGCAGCCGCCAUCUUGGUACACCCCGGUGGGACGGAAGUGGUGUCUGAUAAGGACUCACUGAGGUUGGAGGACAAAGGUGGCGGCCACCACAAGAGACAUGGACAGUGCUCUGACGUUCCGCCUACAGUGAGGACAUCGGGUGUUGCUGUAUGCUGCUAUUCUUCCUUGAUUGCUCAUUAUAUGGUCUUAUUGUAAUGUUGCUUAUGUGAGACACGCAUGAUUAAUGUAGUCAUGGCUCGGUCUGCUUCCACUGCAUUUCGUAAAUUACACGGUCUCUUUGCAGUAUAUAAACCUCCUGGAUAUGACUGGAGGUCUGUACGUGAUACAGUAAAGAUAAAGCUGUUGAAAGAGCUGAACUCUCUUAAGCAACGUCCACCGCGGCAGAAGAUCGUUUUCCUACCACAAGCUGUAGAGGGCAGCAGCGGGGUUGAACUGACGAAGACAGCGACAGCUGUUCCUGUCCUGGCUGAUCAUAUACUGGUUAAGGGACCAGACUACACUUACCUGAAGAUUGGUGUGGUGCAUAAGCUGGAUAUAGAAUCAUCUGGGGUAUUAGUGUUUGGAAUUGGGCAGGGCAACAGAAUUCUACCAACGUUCUAUGAAAGCCAUUGUUCCAAGGAUUACACAGUAUGUGGUGUGUUUGGCAAAGCUUCCAGUGAUUUUUCAGAUGCCGGGAAGAUCAUUGAGAAGACGACAUUCGAUCAUAUCACAAGAGACAAGUUUGAGCGGGUUCUGGCAAUGAUUCAGGGGAGCAACCAAAAGGCUUUGCUAAUGCACAGUCAUAUAGACCUAAAAAGUCAGGAGGCGUAUGACAUGGCGGUACAGGGCCAGCUCCGCCCUGAGGUGAUGACCCCGCCUCUCGUACUUGGAAUGCGAUGUGUGGCGUUCUCCCCACCAGAUUUCACUAUAGAGAUUCAGUGCAUGCACGAGACCCAGAAAUACCUCCGCAAGUUGGUCCAUGAGAUCGGCCUGGAGCUGCGAUCCUCUGCAGUCUGCACCAAAGUACGUCGCACACGGGAAGGCCCGUUCACCUUGGACUGUGCGCUGACAAACUCGCACUGGAACCUGGACAGUAUCUCCAGAGCAAUUGAAGAGUGCAGGGAGAGAGCUUCAGAGUUGUGGAUGGAUAGCACAGACAGGAGUUUGGAGAGUGGUGACAAUCAGGAAUCACUUGGUAAUGGAGAGAUAAGGACCCCAUGACACUUACCAGGGAAUAUCUCUCUAUGCACACUACGUACCAUAAUGUGAGAGAUCCACUUACAGUCCUUACAUACUGUCUCUGCUAAUACUGGGAGAUCCUGACUACCUGUCCAGUCUCUGGACUUCCAUAAGAGAGAACAGAAAUCUGACUGCAGUAGCAUCCCCCCACCAACACCUUCCCAUGGUCAUUGCUGCAACUAACCAUUGGAUACAACCCCAGUUUUUUUUUCCUUUUUUAGUUAUGUUUUUUCCCCGCAUAUGUGUAUAAAAAUAUCUAAAUGUUUUAAAUGCA